ACAGGAAAUAUAUCAUCAGAAUGGCUCCAUAUUCGGUUCUAGUGACUGGUGCAAAUCGUGGAAUUGGCCUCGGACUUGUCAAACAAUUCCUUAAAAACAAAGAAAUUCAACAUGUGAUUGCUACUGCUCGUGAGCCGAGCAACGCCAAAGAACUGAACGAACUCUCGGACAAAAGGCUAUCAGUCCUCAAGCUCGAUGUUAUGUGUGAUGAUUCAGUCAAAAAUCUGUACUCGCAAGUGGAGAAAAUAGUUGGAGACCGCGGUUUGACCGUCCUUCUAAAUAAUGCUGGAAUUUUCGUCAAAUACUCAACGAACCAAGAGCCCAAUCGUGCCGAUCUUAUCAAGAACUUUGACACAAAUGCUGCUAGUGUAGCUGUGAUAACGCAGACACUUCUUCCACUACUGCGCAAAGCCGCCAGCCAAGUUUCCUCCGACGAAUUUUCCAUCAAUCGCGCUGCGAUCCUCAACAUCUCAUCAGGUCUAGGUUCGAUCACUAACAAUACAUCAGGAUCGGGUCCCAAUGCCAUGUUGGCCUACAGGACAAGCAAGUCCGCCUUGAAUUCGAUUAUGAAAACCAUGUCGAUCGACUUGGAACCGGACCAUAUCCUCGUUGCGAUGUUCUGCCCCGGUUGGGUUCAGACUGAUAUGGGAGGAAGCAAUGCUGCUCUCACGAUUGAUGAUUCUACAAAAACGCUCAUUGAAUCCUUCGGCAAACUAAGCAGGAAGGAAAAUGGUGGCUACUUCAAUCGAGAUCUCACUACCAUACCGUUCUAAUUUAUAAAGCUCUAUAAUCUGUGGUAAUAAAUCUUAUAUAUAAAGCUGA